CUCACAUAAUACAAGCACAGGACAAAAGCUUCCUUCUCUCCGUCUCCAUUGUCUUUCUCUGCUAAUUGUGACAUUCUCUCUCUCUCUCUCUCUCUGACUACUUCUCUGCAAAAAUAAAAACAUCACCAUACUCGAAAAGGAAACAAAUGGACACAUAAGACGACCUCAUUGCUAGAAAACAAAGGUCAACAAACCUUCCAAAACCCGCAAAACCCAUUUGAUAAAAUGAUGAUCAUGAGGUGUAUUGGGGAGCCGGCAUUGGGUUGUUGGGUAUAAGAAGCAGUGGGUUUGUGUUGGAACUGUUAAAGGGUUUGAAAAAGUAGCGACUAGGGUAGGGAGGCUGGACUUGGUCUUGUGUUUCUUGCUUUGCUUUGCUCUGGGCGGCGCAUUUGAAAAUUUCUUAAACUUUGUGUGUGGCUUUGUAUUUGUAUAAGAAUUUGGAGAAGACUGAAGAGGGUUGGUGUUUAAUAGGUUGUGGUAAGCUUUAUGGCAUCUGGAUCUCGCUUCAGUUUCUCAAGUGGAUCCCCCAGGGUUCGCCAUAUUAGCCAAGCCAGCAAUGAUCUUGACAGUGAGAUUGGGAGUGCUGAAUUUUCUACCUACACUGUCCACAUACCCCCUACACCUGACAACCAGCCCACCGGAAUUUUGAUGCAGCGGUCGACUUCUCAGAGGUUGGAGGACCAAUAUGCAUCGAGUUCUUUGUUUACAGGUGGCUAUAAUUGUGUUACACGAGCCCAGUUGAAGGAAAAGGUGAUUGAGUCCGAAACUAGCCAUCCACAGAUGACCGGAGCACAAGGGUCGUAUUGUGCUGUGGAGGGUUGUGAUGCAAAGGUUGUGACUGAUGAGAGGGGGUUAGAUAUAGUUCCCUGCGAAUGCAAUUACAAGAUUUGUAUGGAUUGUUAUAGAGAUGCUAUAGCAAGUGGUGAGAGUAUUUGUCCUGGCUGCAAACAACCGUAUAAGGAGCAGCAACUUGACAUGACCGAGUAUGCUGUGGCGAAUCGGCAGCCUCUGUCUCUACCAUCUACAGCUGGGAUGUCAAAGAUGGAGAGGAGGUUGUCGUUGAUGAAAUCAGAAUCUACAAAGUCAACAGCAUUGAUGGAGAGUCAGACUAAUGACUUCGAUCAUAACCAAUGGUUGUUUGAGACAAAGGGGAGUUAUGGCUACGGAAAUGCUAUGUGGCCAAAAGAUACUGCCAAUGGAAGUGAUGAUGGAAUUAGUGGCGAUCCUAAUGUGUUUCAACAUAAGCAAUGGAAGCCACUUACGCGCACGUUGAAUAUCUCUGCUGCAAUUCUCAGUCCCUAUCGGCUCUUAGUACUUGUUCGAAUGGUGGUCCUUGGAUUAUUUUUGCAAUGGAGAGUCAGAAACCCUAAUGACGAUGCAGUCUGGUUGUGGGCUAUGUCUGUAGUUUGUGAGAUCUGGUUUGCCUUCUCUUGGCUACUGGAUCAGCUUCCGAAGCUCUGCCCCAUCAAUCGCAUUGCUGAUGUUGAUGUUUUGAAGGAGAAAUUUGAAACACCAAGUCCCAACAAUCCUACUGGAAAAUCUGAUCUCCCAGGCAUAGAUAUUUUUGUAUCUACGGCAGAUCCAGAGAAAGAACCACCUCUUGUCACUGCAAACACCAUUCUAUCGAUUCUUGCAGCUGACUACCCUGUUGAGAAGCUUUCUUGUUAUGUUUCUGAUGAUGGAGGUGCACUUUUGACCUUUGAGGCCAUGGCAGAAGCUGCAAGUUUUGCCAACUUGUGGGUCCCUUUCUGCCGGAAGCAUGAUAUUGAGCCAAGGAAUCCAGAAUCUUACUUCAAUCUGAAGAGAGACCCUUAUAAGAAUAAAGUGCGCCCAGAUUUUGUCAGGGAUCGCAGGCAGGUAAAGCGUGAGUAUGAUGAAUUUAAGGUAAGGAUUAAUAGUCUUCCUGAUUCAAUCCGGAGACGUUCUGAUGCCUUUAAUGCUAGAGAGGAGAUCAAGGCUAUGAAAAUGCAGAGAGAGAAUUCAAAUGACGAACCAGUGGAGAAUUUAAAGCUCCCAAAAGCUACUUGGAUGGCUGAUACAACCCACUGGCCUGGCACUUGGUCAGUUUCUGCGCCUGAGCAUUCUAGGGGCGAUCAUGCCAGUAUCAUGCAGGUGAUGUUGAAACCUCCUAGUGAUCAGCCACUAAAUGGCACAGCAAUGGAUUCAAAUUCCAUGAAUCUAAGUGAGGUUGACAUUCGUCUUCCCAUGCUAGUUUAUGUUUCUCGUGAAAAGCGGCCUGGCUAUGAUCACAACAAGAAAGCUGGUGCCAUGAAUGCACUGGUUCGUGCCUCAGCCAUCAUGUCCAAUGGUCCCUUCAUUCUUAACCUUGACUGUGAUCACUACAUCUACUACUCCCAGGCAUUGAGAGAAGGCAUGUGCUUCAUGAUGGACCAGGGUGGGGAACGCAUUUGUUACGUGCAGUUUCCUCAGAGGUUUGAAGGAAUUGACCCAUCUGAUCGCUAUGCAAACCAUAACACUGUUUUCUUUGAUGUCAACAUGCGAGCCCUCGAUGGGAUUCAGGGUCCAGUAUAUGUAGGAACAGGAUGCCUCUUUCGUCGGACUGCCCUUUAUGGCUUCGAUCCACCUAGCAGGAAAGAGCGUAAUGGUUUCUGUGGUGGUUUCUUCACCAAUCCCAAGAAAACUUCUUUGGUGGCUUCUGCCCCUGAAGUUGCCUCUCAAGACAGCCAAUCAAUUGAACUGGGAGACAUGGAGGAGGAAGAAAUGAGUCUUGCUCUUAUUCCUAAAACGUUUGGAAACUCAAGCUUCCUUGUUGACUCAAUCCGUGUGGCAGAAUUCCAAGGUCGGCCCCUUGCUGAUCAUCCAUCCAUUAAACAUGGACGUCCGCCAGGUGCUCUGACUCUUCCUCGGGAGCCUCUUGAUGCAUCAACAGUUGCGGAGGCAAUCAGUGUAAUCUCAUGCUGGUAUGAGGAUAAGACUGAAUGGGGCCAACGAGUUGGGUGGAUCUAUGGAUCUGUAACGGAAGAUGUGGUCACAGGCUAUAGGAUGCACAAUCGCGGAUGGAGAUCUAUUUAUUGUGUAACAAAAAGAGAUGCAUUCCGUGGCACUGCCCCAAUCAAUCUCACAGAUCGGCUUCAUCAGGUUCUCCGGUGGGCCACUGGCUCUGUUGAGAUUUUCUUUUCCCGCAACAAUGCUCUGCUGGCCAGCUCAAGGAUGAAAUUUUUGCAAAGGAUUGCUUACCUGAAUGUUGGAAUCUACCCUUUCACUUCCAUUUUCCUCAUUGUCUACUGCUUCCUUCCUGCACUCUCACUCUUUACUGGUCAGUUCAUUGUUCAGUCCCUCAACAUAACCUUCCUGGUAUACCUCUUGGGCAUCACAUUGACCCUUAUUCUUCUUGCCGUGCUUGAGAUCAAGUGGUCUGGCAUUGCACUAGAAGAGUGGUGGAGAAACGAACAGUUUUGGUUGAUCGGGGGCACAAGUGCCCAUCUUGCUGCGGUGCUCCAAGGUCUUCUAAAGGUUAUAGCAGGCAUUGAGAUUUCAUUCACUUUGACAUCAAAAUCUGGAGGUGAUGACGGGGAUGAUGAUUUUGUUGAUCUUUAUGUCUUCAAAUGGACAGCUCUGAUGGUACCACCAAUUACUAUCAUGAUGACUAACUUGAUCGGAAUCGCAGUUGCAACUUGUCGAACAAUAUAUAGUGCUACACCAGAUUGGAGCAGCUUGCUUGGUGGUGUUUUCUUCAGCUUCUGGGUCUUAGCUCAUCUAUAUCCCUUUGCAAAAGGGCUUAUGGGAAGAAGAGGGAGGACACCGACGAUUGUGUUUGUGUGGUCUGGUCUUCUAGCAAUCACCAUAUCUCUCCUUUGGGUGGCUAUCGACCCGCCAUCAGGGAAUAAUCAAAUUGGGGGCUCAUUCCAGUUUCCAUGAUGCAUGUACUCCACACAUUAUUUUGAAGGUAUCUUAUCUUCUGUCCACCUAAAUGCUACUUUAAGCCAGCACCUGCAGGAAGUCGUAUAGGGUCUCCCACUGAAAUGUACAUUUUCUAGCCAUUUUUUGACUGAUUUGAACUUGAUAUUCAUAGGAAAGUGGAUUCUAUACAUUUGUUGAUAUGA